CUGCGCGGCGGGCCGUACGUCAGCGUGGCGCGCCGGCCGUGCGGCGCCCGCGGGGAGAGUCGGCCGCCAUGACCUCCGCGCUGGAGAACUACAUCAACCGUACUGUUGCAGUAAUUACUUCUGAUGGAAGAAUGAUUGUGGGAACACUCAAAGGUUUUGACCAGACCAUAAACUUGAUUUUGGAUGAAAGCCAUGAACGAGUAUUCAGUUCUUCACAAGGAGUUGAGCAAGUGGUGCUGGGCUUGUACAUUGUGAGGGGUGAUAACGUUGCUGUGAUUGGUGAAAUUGAUGAAGAGACAGAUUCUGCUCUUGACUUGGGGAAUAUUCGAGCAGAACCUUUAAACUCAGUUGUGCACUGAAAAGAUAAAAAUGCACUGGGACUUUGUAAAUCUUUGGUUGUACAGACCUAUUUAGCAAUGUGGACAGUUUUUACAAAUUGUGUUUAAUUUGUUUAGUCACCAGUUUUUUUUAUUAUGAACAUGUUGUAGUUUUGCAUGUAAAUUAAAGUUUCUACAUUUUGCUAAA